AUGACAAGAACAACAGGUCGUCGUCGCCGGACGAACCGCCGCCGCCCUCCAGGAAGGAGAGUGGCGAGAAGCAAGAAAUCUCCGCGCCGUUUAAAGAACGGAACGUACGAUAAGACGUCAGACAGUUCAUUGUCUUCGUCCUCUGAAGAAGAGGAAAGCCGUGGCCGGCGGGCCAAGCGUCGCCACGAUGCACACGACGCCGAGGGUGCGCAGCCGAAGCUUCCUCCGCGACGUCUGGCCGAAGGGUUCAAGCUUGGAGUGACUGGAGCAGCGAGAAAAUCGGGUGUUCGUGCCACCUUAGUAAGGCACCAGGAACCGAUAAGCCUAGACGACGACGACGACGGUUCUUACAAACCGGAUGACGAGAGCGACGCCUCGAGGAACUCGUCGUCGGAGAGCUUAACGUCAGACGAAGAAGAGCAGCCUUCUUCGAAGCUGGAGACCGUCAGUUCCUUAGCGGAGGCGUCUUCCGUGUUGGACGACUCGUCGCGUUCCCUAGAAAGGGUUCAACCGCAAAAGCCGGCUCCUGACUCCCUCAGCUCGGAGACAGAAAGCUCGAGAAACACCUUCUCCAACAUGGUUCUCUCCGGUUCGGACAAGUACAACAUUAGGACGUCCUCCGAGGCGUCGAGCUGGAAGUCUUCGAGUGACGCCUGCCUAACAACGUCCUCGUCAAGCGGACCACCACCGCCUUCGGAAGUGGGCAGCAGGAAACCUUCCGACGAGCAGGCGAACCAAGCUAAACUCUCGGACGAAGAGUUUCAGAGGCUGUCCAGAAAGUUCAGCCAGUCAGCGCUGUCCGACAGGCAGGCCCAGCGAAUGGCGUUACGAAACACCAGCCGACGAGGAACAGACGAACUGGGAGCCCCCCAGCGACUCUCGACCAACAUUGACAGGUCGUCUUCGGAGGACGCGGACCGGAAGCUCUCGCUGGGCUCUCCACCUCGGUGGCCGCCGAGACGCACUAACACCUCGGACGAAACAGGCGGCGACUCACCUUCGACCGAAAUGGAGAGGUUUCGCCGGGACUCUAGCAAACGGGGUUCGGCGAGCAGCGAGAUGAGCUCGUCUGCACUGAGAAAGUGGUCCUACAAGUACGACAGUAGGAACACGUCCAAUGACGUGAGCUGGAGGUCGUCCGACACCGACUACCAACAGUCGUCGCUACGCUACGAGAGGUCCAUCUCGGAAGAGGCCGACGACGGUGACGCGGCACCCGGAGAUGUCACAUCUGCCAGACCUUGUCUACUGAAAGAAGACAGGACGGGCUCAUUCAGGGCCAGCCAGGAAUCUAUCGAUGGCCGGCUGCUGCCCUACGACUCGUCGUCUGGCCGAGAGCCAAUGUUUCCGGGGGAGAAGCGGCGUGGCUCGUCGCUGACCUGCACUACACUAGAAACGCUGAACGAGAUGAUUUUCGAGAAGGCCGAAGAGGACGUUAGUCAAGAAGCUAGCCAUGAAGCCAGUCAAGAGGCGAGCCAGGAUUUAUUUAGGUAUAGUGAAUCGAGUACUUCGAGCUCGCACCUAAUGUCUCCCAACAAGGAACUUCGAAGAUCGGUAUUUUUGCUGGGACAGAAGGUGUCCCCGGACUCCGGAGUGCACACCGUGGCCGACAGUGAGAGCAAGGCGGCCGUGGACGAGGCUUCAGGGCGCCGCCGCGACUCUUCGACACCUUCCGGACAAUCGCGGUGUCCCGGAGGCGCGCCCCGCAAGUCCUCGCUCAAGUUUGACGCCUCUAAGUUCUUCGAGAGUCUGGCUCACGCGACGUCGGUGACGCGAAGUGUCCGUUGCGCGUCCGAAGGCUCAGCGACGGCGCUAGGAGGGCAAUCUGGCGUAGAAUCGGCUAGGCCUAAGACGGCUCGGUCACUGAGCACAGACGCCACAAUGAUGACGGCUUCGGGUCAGUCUGGUGGUUCGGGAGUGGGCGAUGGUACGACGUCUAUACCGUUGAUUCGGCGACAAAGGUUUCUCUCGGGUGACGUCGGCGACUCGAGGGUCACCCCUCCAACGUCGCCGAGACGCUCGGUGGGCGAGAACUACAACCCGUUUCCCACGCGAAGAACUUCGUUCACGGGCUGCAUCAGCGACUUCAAGGUGAAGCUGGGACUAUACUCUUCGCAAGACAAGCCGGCUGUUGCACCGGCUUCGAAUGGUUGUAAGACGACUUCCACGAAGAGUUAACCAACAGCCCAAUGUGAAUUACAUUCUAGGUCAUCGGGUUCGAAGCACGCGCCAGUACACGCGUGAUUGCGAACCAACGCAGCGACUGCCCUGUGCCCACGCAGGCAGGCCUGUCUCUCAUACUGCCCAGCGGAGAAGCCCGUCACGCCGAGACACGGCACCUGUCGGAAAACGCUCGUGGACAAAGAAGAAACAAAAUGUCCUGCUGGGAACUUCACAACAAAGUUUUGGCUGCAGUGCCUGGAUGCGUUUACAGGGAUGCUUACCGGAAUACCCGUGCCCGUCUUAUUGCGUUUCCAAACUUUCAAACUGUGUUACUGCUCUCUUUCUCGUCGUUGUCUGCGAAAAGCAGGACUGGACAAUAUCGUCGUGGUCUUGUGACGCGGUGGUAUGGUUUCUUAGUGGGUAUCGCAGCUCAAACACUGUUGUUAGCGAGCCGUGUGGGCUCCUAAUUGAUAUUUACCGACUUGAAUUGUCGAGCUCCUCUUUUAUAUUCACUGUUGGCUUUUCGAGAAAUUAGUGCCGAUUGCUGUAAUUUUUUUGUAGGCCUGAUUUGUGCAACAGGUGGCGCAAGUGAAGUCUGUUAUAAACUGUUUGAUGACCACAAUGAUACAACAGGUUUGUACUAUUGUUGCUUGAUAUUAUGAACUGGUUUGUGGACAUUUACGUUUAGACAAGUUACACCCCUCAAUACGUCAUAAACAUAGACAGCAUGUCGACGUCGGGUUCCGGGGUGGCGCCAGGAUUCUUGGGGUAGAGUGGUGGAUUGAUUGACAUAUAUGUGGGGUUUAACGUCCCAAAAUCGUCAUAUGAUUAUGAGAGA